GCAUAGUUUAGUUACAAUCAUACAAAGACCAAGCCAAACCCCCUUUUCCUUUCCUUCUCUACUUCUCUCUCUCUCUCCCCCUUCCCUUUUAUUUUCUUUCACCUCAUCAGUCUCUGUCUGCUAAACAUUACAAAACCUGCUUAUUUGGGACAAACAAUAGCAGAGCAGAGUAGGAAGAAGAACACUUACUAGUUCAAAUCAAUGGAUGAUGAAGAAGUAUUCUACUAGUUUCUUGUGUGGUGGGAAAAAACAAAAACUGGGAAAUCUCUCAGCCCAUAAACCCAACAUAGCUUAGUUUCAUUCAGAGUGUUUUCCAGAGGGGUCUUGUAGAGUGUAAUUUGUAAGAGAAAGAAAGCUUAAAAAAAGAGAAAAGAAAGGGCCAUAGUGUGUGUGUGAGGGAGAGACAGAGAGACAGAAAUGGUGGGCUCAGGAGCAUCAGACAGGAGCAAAGAAGCUGUAGGGAUGAUGGCCCUUCAUGAGGCCCUCAGAAGCGUCUGUCUCAAUUCAGACUGGACUUACUCUGUUUUCUGGACCAUUCGCCCUCGUCCAAGAGUCAGGGGAGGAAAUGGAUGCAAAGUUGGGGAUGACAAUGGCAGCUUGAUGUUAAUGUGGGAAGAUGGGUUUUGCCGAGGGAGAGUUUCAGAGUGCUUGGAGGAGAUUGAUGGGGAUGAUCCUGUUAGAAAAGCCUUCAGCAAGAUGUCGAUUCAGUUAUAUAAUUAUGGAGAAGGGCUGAUGGGGAAAGUUGCAUCAGAUAAGUGCCAUAAAUGGGUUUUCAAAGAACCUACAGAAUGCGAGCCAAACAUUUCAAAUUACUGGCAAAGUUCAUUUGAUGCUCUUCCUCCUGAGUGGACUGAUCAGUUUGAUUCAGGAAUUCAGACCAUUGCUGUUAUUCAAGCUGGACAUGGCCUCCUUCAACUUGGUUCUUGCAAAAUUAUACCAGAAGAUCUGCAUUUUGUGCUGAGAAUGAGGCAUACUUUUGAAUCUCUUGGGUAUCAAUCUGGUUUUUAUUUGACUCAACUCUUUUCUUCAAAUAGAAACUCAUCCUCUUCCCCAAUGGCUUCAAAACAAUCUGCCAUUCCUAUCCACCCUCCUCCCAACCUCCUUAAUUGGGCACAAAGGCCAAUUCCAUCUGCUCCAACUUCUCUGCUUCCUUCACCCAAUUUCCACACCUCCAAUAGGCUCGGUUUCCCACAAUCAAAAGACGAGACACACAUGUUUCUGAUGCCACAUUCGUCUGAAGCUCGAAUGGAAGACGUGAUGGGGGAUCAUGAGAAUGAUAUCAAAUGGCCUAAUGGGUUGUCUUUGUUCAAUGCCCUAACAGGACGUGCCGAUGAUGCCAAGCUUUUGUUCAACCCAGAGAGCUUAGGAACCAAACCCGAUCAAACUCACCUCCCUCUAAUCCUCGAACCGAAGAAUGCAAAUCCAAACUCAGAUCCUGCAGCUAUGCACAACAUGAAUGGAGGUAACUCGAACGAGUUCUUGAGCCUAGACAGCCAAUCUGAGAGUGCUAGGAAGAUGGAAAAUAAGUUCAAGAGAAGCUUUACCUUGCCUGCAAGAAUGGCUUCGUCGUCAUCUUCGACUUCACUCGACCAUCAUCCACAUCAAGCAGUCGAAUAUCGAAACUCAGAGCAGGCGGGCAUGUACUCGGAUGUGAUGGAGACAUACUUGGAAUGAAGAGGGGAGAAAAGGGCUGCUAGUUUAGUAGAAACAUAAGAGUUAUAAGUUUGUAUUUAGGCAAAGCUUUAUGGUUUCCUUUUAUUAUCUGCCGCACCUCAUUCUGUCCAGUUGUUCCUGCUAUUGCUUUUCAAUUUCAGUUAGUUUCUUCAUGAA